AGUCAAAUGGUCGAGAAAGACCAUGUCGUCAUUAACAGGUAGGUGGAGGAGGCGUCCGCCUUUCCCCAUCCUCGGUCAUCGAAGGAAAUCAAACUCGCCCGCUUGCCGGCGAACCGCAGCUUGAUCUCACACAAAUCUCCAUCGAGGUUUGAACUGGAAAGUCCCAUCUGUCACCGUGGAAUUCCAAAUCGCCCACCAUAUUUUAAUCCCCACGCCCGAUCGAAUACCCAACCUUUUCCUUUAUUGCCUUUUUUACGCAUAUCUCUUCCUCCUCCGUCCCUCCUUCCCUCCCUCCCUCCCUCCUCCUUUGACUCUAAUAACUCCGUUGAGCCGGCCGGCGGUCGUUCACUUCUUUGUAUUGAUUGGGUUUUGUUUGUGUGGGAGAGGGGAGAGAUAUGAUCGCGAACGGUGCUGCGUCGGUGGUUUGUGCGGUGGUGGGCGGUGUGGUGCUCCUGCGGAUCGUUUUGUCGUUGAAGUCGCUGGUGUACUGCUGGGGGCGGUGGUGGCGGUGGGUGGACGAGCGGACGCAGGCGUACCAGAGCUUCGAGAUCCCGCGGUAUAGCGAGAGCGGGCAGGAGAACCCGCUGUACCGCCGCGCCGCCGCCUAUGUCGCGGCCCUCCCCUCCCUCGAGGACGCCGCUGCCGCCACCCUCUUCUCCUCCGGCCGCAAGCCCAACGACUUCUUCCUCCUCCUCGGCCCCGGCCAGUCCGCCGCUGAUUCCUUCCUCGGCGACCGCGUCUCGUGGACCAACGCCCCCGCCGGUGGAGCCGGCGGCCCCCGCCUCGUCCUCCGCCUCCGCCGCCAGGACCGCACCCGCGUCCUUCGUCCCUACCUCCAGCACGUUGAGUCCGUCGCAGACGACCUCGAGCUCCGGCGUAAGGAGGUCAGGCUGUUCACCAGCUACGCGGGCGUCGGCGAUGGCGGGGGACCGCGGUGGCGGUCGGCGCCGUUCACCCACCCGGCGACGCUCGACACGGUCGCGAUGGACCUGGACCUCAAGGCGCGGGUCCGCGCCGACCUUGAGUCGUUCCUCAAGGGCCGCGCCUACUACCACCGGGUCGGUCGCGUCUGGCGGCGGAGCUACCUCCUCUACGGGCCCCCCGGUACCGGCAAGUCCACUUUCGUCGCCGCGAUGGCCAAGUUCCUCUGCUACGAUAUCUACGACGUCGACCUCUCCCGCGUCUCCGCGGGCGGGGACGGCGUCGGCGCCGACCUGAAGGCCCUCCUCCUCAGCACCACCCCCAGGUCGGUGAUCCUGGUCGAGGACCUCGACCGGCACCUCAAGGGCAAAGGCGUCGGUGAGGAGGGCGAGUCGCAGCUCACCCGGAUCCUAAACUUCAUGGACGGAAUUUUCUCGUGCUGCGGCGAGGAGCGGGUGAUGGUGUUCACGAUGACCUCCGACGGCGGCGGAAUGGAGGGGGUUGAGCCGGCGGUGCUGCGGCCGGGGCGGCUCGACGUGCACAUCCACUUCCCCCUCUGCGACUUCACCGCCUUCAAGACCCUCGCGAGCAGCUACCUCGGCCUCAAGGACCAUAAGCUGUACCCGCAGGUGGAGGAGGUGUUCCAGGGCGGCGCCAGGAUCAGCCCGGCGGAGGUGGGCGAGAUCAUGAUCGCCAACCGUGCCUCCCCGAGCCGGGCGCUGAAGUCGGUCAUCAGCGCGUUGCACCAGUCGUCAUCGGCCGCGGGGCGGAGGCUGAGCGAGAGCGGCUCGGGGCGGCGGUGGGACGACGCAGCGGCUGGCAGCGACUGCGGCAACGGCGGCGGCAGCGGCGGGCUGGGGUUCGGGAAGGAGUCAAUCAAGGAGUUCAAGAAGCUGUACGGGUUGAUAAAGAUGAGGAGCGGGAGCAAGAAGGAAGGCGUGAUGCCGGUGGAGGUGGCGGCCGCCGCGGCCGCCGCAGGCGCUCCGUUGGACAAGCUAGACAAAGAUAACUCCUCCCACUGAAGUGACUGAACAAUCUAUUGGGUUUUCUGCAUGCAAAACUCAUUCUUUUGUGGCUUCUGCCCCUCUUUAAUCUCUCUUUUAAUUCAAAGAAAAUGGGUCGAAACGAGACCACUGAAGGUGUAGAAAAGAUGAAGGUCAAAUGGAUGUGUAUACUGUAAAUGACACACUCUGCGAUCCUUCCGCAUUCCAAGUAAUUCUACUGCAAGCUUCAUUCUUC